AUGCUCAUGGGAGAGAUCUACGAUUUCUUGGUGGCUAACCGGUUUGAACUCGAGAUGAAUCACGCCGUCUCGAGACGAACGCUCCAGCUGCCUACCCAGAAAGAGUUUGUGUUGAUGUUUCAGUUCUUAUACCGCAAGAUCGAUCCUCAUUUCACCUUCACAAAAUCGCUAGAAACAGACGUGAUCCUGGUCCUCCGCGCUUGGGAGUAUCCUUAUACCGAGCACUUGAGUCGAACGCAUAUCAGCUCUGUUGGCCAAUCGUGGCCAAAAUUCCUUGCAAUGCUCUACUGGCUUAUGAAGCUCAAUUUGGCCCUUCUGGGUCUCACAGAGGAUGACAUGAUCGCCAGCGAUGAUCCCUUCGAUAGGCUAUUCAUCAGGUAUACGCAUCAGUGCUAUGGUGCUUAUAUCGACCAGCAGGAAGACUAUUCUGGAUUUUACAAGGAACUAGAGACGGAAUUUGACGAAAUUAAUGCAAAGACUGUGAGUGAGCAGGAGACGCGGUCUCAACGGUUGAAAGAACUUCUACAGCAACGUGAAGAGCUCAAUGGGAAAGUCGCGGAGCUCAAUGAGGCACAUGCGAAAUCUAGAGCAUUAGAAAAUGAUCUCAAACAGUUCUCGGAUUACAUGAACAAAAUGAGCGACCGCAAAGAAAAAUGGGGAGACCUUCUCAAGCAGAUGGAGGACGAGUUGACCAAGCUCCAGCAGCAGAUCCUGGAGAUGCAAGAAGAGAAGAAGAAAUAUGAGGACCAGCUCACGGCUAAGGGACUCUCUGCUACGGAAAUCGACCAGCUGAACAUCGAGAGAGACAGACUUUCCAAAGCAAUCGAACGCACUACAAACAAAUUAAAAGAUACCCAACAGAACAUUGCCGACCAGGAAUACCAGCUUCGACUGAGCUGCGACAGUCUCAUAAAUCUUGUCAGCCAGUACAACUAUUUGACUAGCAGAAUACCCGUGCAAGAAUAUCUGUUUGAGCUAGCGGUGAAGCAAGACUUGGCUCAGACGGACCAAGAAAUAAGCGCCGACGAUGUCUUGACGAAAACUCUUCGGGACGAAAAAGUGAAGCUUCUACAAUGCCGUUCAGCACUCACGCAAGAGCUUCGAAAGAAGCAAGAGGAGAAACUCAAGCUCCAAGAAGAAGUGGAUCAGCUCCACGUCAGGAUCUUCGAGCAGAACGAGUUUCUUGAUGGCAUCAAGGCCAAGUGCCGCAAAACCAUGCAGCUCUAUUCCGAGGCAUACGAUUUCAUGAUGACUGAUAGCAAGACGUACUCAGCCAAGAUUGAAAAGCUCGACCGAGACUUGCAGACGCUUCGUCUUCGAGUCAACACAGGCAUCAUCGAAGCCGAGAGUACCAUCAAAAGUCUCCGCGUGAAGAAACAGGAAACCGAGUACCGCAUCAAGGAAGAGAGGGAAAGCCUCCACCGGACGGUGCUGACCAUAAUAGACCAGGUGCUCGAUUUCAAAUACGCGAUACAAGAGGGUCUCGACGAGCUCGACACGCUCGCUUUCCAGGAGCUCGAGGCCCAGGAGGACUAA